AUGUCGGGAAAUGAUAAUCAGCAAGCAGGAAACAGUGUCAACAAUGCCAACGCCAAUGAAGGCAAUAAUAUAGCCCAACCACAACAACAGAUUUUUGUCUCCGUAAAUUUACCUAUACCUCCUCAACUAGAUUUAGAGGGUGACCUGUCCACAAAUUGGAAGGAUUUUAAGGCAGUAUGGCACAAUUAUGAGAUAGCCUCUAGAAUAGCUAAACAGCCAAAAUCAGAGAAUUUAUAUUCAAUAAAUGAUGAUUAUCCUAAAAGAAUAUUUGCCAUGUUAGAACUUAUAGACAAUCCUAAUGAUAGACUGAUAGUUCCUGAAAGUUGUCGCGAAGAUAUCACGAAAACAUUACACGCUAGUCAUUUAGGAGUCCAGGCUAUGUUGAGAAACGCACGGGAAGCUGUUUAUUGGCCGAGAAUGUGUAAAGAAUUGACUGAGUACUCAUCAAGAUGUGGAACAUGUCAAAGAGUCUAA